AUGCCCGAAUCAGAUAUAAAUAAAGAAAUAGAUCUCAUAAACCUGCAGGGUCUCAGCAAAAUCAAAUUGAAUAACUUGAUUUUGAACUAUCUAAUCGUUGAGGGGUAUGAGACGUCUGCUAUCGACUUUUCAAGGGAAAUUGGGUUAGAUUUGUCGCAAAUUGGGUUAAGCUGUCCAAAUAACGGUAAUAAUAUUAAAAAUAAAAAUCGAUCGUGCUAUGGCUCGCACGAAAAAUACGAAUCCUUGGUUAAUGGGCUUCAAUCCAUAAAGCAAAGAAAUGAAAUCAAGUUGCUAUUGAUCAAAGGCGAGAUAUCCACCAUCAUCAGCAAAUUGAACGAGUAUUAUCCAUUUUUAUUGGAAAGCAAUGAAUUCCUCCAUUUUAAGAUCCUAUUGUUGAAUUUAGUGGAAAUUAUCAAGAAACAUCAGCGAGAGAGCGGUAAUAACGAUGAGCGGCGCUCCAGUUUUGCUGGCAGAAGGAAAUCAGUUGGUGAUACCACCAAAAGAAAGAGAAGGCUAUCGUCAGUUUCUUCACAAACUGACAAGAAAAAAACCAGGCGGAAAUCAUCUGCUGGUUCGACAAAAUUAUCCAUGAAAGAAUUGAAAAAAGAAGAGGAAUUCUUCAAUUCCAUCAUCUCCUUUGUGAAAGAUAAGUUAUUCAGUAAAGCCAUCCGGACUAAAUCAUUUUUACAUGAGUUGGAAUUAUCCAUGUGUCUUUUACUUUUCAACUUCAAUGAUUUUCAAACUGGAAAUGAGGAUCAUUUUUUACCUAAAGAACUUUUGAAUUUGGUCAAUAAUAAGAAUUUUAAGAAUGAAGUGUUUAAUCUUAUCAAUAAUGCGAUUUUGAAUUACAAUUCACGUUUCUUAUCGCAUAAUGUUAGUGUUGGGGCAAUGUCUGAUAAUGUCGGUAAGGUGAGCAACGAAGGCGAAGGAUAUGGAUUUUCCUCGACAUUAUUGAAUAAUGAUUUUAUGAACAACAAUGAGAGAUCUAAAUAUAGAAACGAUUAUGUAUUUUAUGAUACUGACAGUGAUGAUGAUUCAGAUGAGGAAUCUAAACCGCCGAACAAAGACCACCGGAAUGGAAAGGUUGCCAAUGAUAUGUUUGAAGAAUUAUUAUUUGAAGAAGACGAAAUGAAUGAUGAUGAAGAAUCAGGUAAUGAUGAUGCUAUGGAAAACGAUUUAUUGGAGAAUCAUUUGAAUAAUAAUAUUAACUCAAAGUUUAAGCAGUUGAUCAAUUUAUGGAUGUGGAGCGAAAAUGUCAUGAAUGAAAAGACAGACGAUGCCAUUUUGAGGGUUGAUUUAGAGAGAUUAUUUAGCGAGUGA